AUGUUGGCUCUUAAGCAUACAGUUCCCAAAGCUUGUACACAGCUCCGUGCAUGUGUCCAAGUCUCACAACAACGCUGGACAUCGUCUACUACACCACAAAAAGCUGAUGAGAAGCCUACAGGUCAAAUGGAAGGAAUUUUGAAUGCCUUGGGUGUUUCAAAAGACUAUGAUGCAUCAUCCAUCCUGAGUGAAGCUGCUGCCAACACCAGCAAGAACGAUAAAAAGACUUCCAGCCUAUUUGCCUUGAAUAACACUUUUACGCACACCUUAAACAAUUUGAACCAAAGCCCUCAUCAACUUCACAUCAAUGCCACUUUCAACAACACCAUCAUCACAUUGACUCGCCCCAACGGUGCACCUCUUGUCACCACUUCAGGCGGUUCAGCAGGAUUCAAGAAGGCUGCUCGCAGUGGAUAUGAAGCAGCCCACCAAGCUGCUAUACAGUUAUUGGAAAAGAUGGAUGUAAAGAACUUGCAAGUGCCCAAUGUCCAUAUUGUGCUCAAAGGAUUCGGUCCCGGUCGUGAUGCCGCAUUCAAGGCUUUGGUGAGCGGUACAUCAUGGAAUGUGAAGCGCAUUACAGAUGCGACACCUAUUCCUUUUGGUGGCUGUAGACCCAAGAAGGCUAGACGUCUCUAA